AUGUCGGGUGUUGAUCUGAACUCUGAGACAUCCGAGGGAGGCCUGAAGGAGCUGGUGCUGAGGUGGUUCACUGAGACUCAGGCGCCGCUCAUCCUAAACAACGGAAACUUCCCUGACUGGUUUCAAGGCUUCGUUACACGAAAGGACACAGAAGAUCUGCUGAGAGAUAAGGCUCAGGGCUGUUUUCUCAUCCGCCUCAGUGAUAAAGCCAUCGGCUACAUCCUGUCCUACAAGGGACACGACAGGUGCCGCCAUUUUGUCAUCACCCAGAAUCAAGACGGACAAUUUGUCAUAGCAGGAGACUGUCAGACAUACAAAAGCCUCACAGAGCUCAUGGAACAUUUCAAAGUCAGCCCCAUCCAGCCCUUUGGAGAAUAUCUGACCACCAGCUUGUAUGAGGUGAAGAAUGAAGAAUUUGAUGUAGACUCAGGUGAGCUGUAUGAUGUGGUAAAAUACACCAAAGGGAAGCCUGGGGUGAGUGUCCAAGCCCUGAGGACUCGUUGGGACCAGAAACAAGAUGAUCACAGCGGCCCCGGCAACAAUCAAAGGACCCAGCAGCAAAAUGACCCUCCUACACCUGCACUGCCGCUGAAACCCAAAAACAGAAAACUGACAGGAGUGGUUUCUGUAGACACAGUGUCCCUCUCACAGGGUGUUCCUCCAGUACCAAAGAGAGGUAUUCCUUUGGGCUUCUCCCUGAGAGGAUCUUUCACCGAAACAACAUCACAUCCAAGUGAAACCUACGCCGAACCAAACAGAUCAGAGAGACUCAGAGGAAACACAAACCAAGUCUCUGAUAGAGACUCAUUCAACACCUCCAACAUGAGUUAUUCAGGUGAUCUAAGUCCUCCAGGGAUCACAUACUCUGAGUUGACACAUAUGGGGAGCAGGAGCACAUCUCUACCAAGACUAAACAGCAGCAACUUGGAGGAAGAGGAAGAAAAAAGGAAAGAGGAGGUGGAGGAGCACUCCAAUCGGCUCAGCACGCUUUCCUUAGCAACAUCAGAAUCUUACUCACCCACUCCUCUGAAGAAGGUCACCUGUCACACCUACUCCCUCCACAGCCCCAGAGACAGUCCGAGGGCAAGCAGCUCCAUGUCAGAGCAGCAGGGUGGUGGUCUGGAGAUGUUGAAGUCCAACCCGCUGUACCAGACCUCAGGGGGGCCUGGGGGGGAUUCAGCUCUGCAGGGAGACCCCAUGUAUGCCGAGGUUCCCCAGAAGGUGCCUGAUAACACAUAUGAGCAGAUCACAGGGGAGGCGGCGAUCACCCACGGCAACAUGUACGAGUCUCUGGAAGAGCUGAAGACCAAGAAGUCCAAAGCCACCUGGGGGAAAAAUAAUAUUGUUUGGAAGACAAUUUUUCCUGAGAACAAGAAAUAAAAAGGACUCAGCGUGUGGAAUUGACUGUUUGAUCAUUUGUUACCUG